CCUACGCGGGUGCCAGGGAACGCGCGACGCGACGCGCGUGGCGCCAAGUGCUGGGAUUCGGACACGACGAAUUCCCGUUCCGGUUGGGUGGCACCGAUCGGGAUCGAACCGGGGACGACCGGAACGCGCGCGCGGACGUCCACACCGUCCUCGAGGCGACAAAGAGAGCCGGCAUCGACGGCGUCGACGCUUCGGACGCGGCAAAGAUGGUUUCGCUGCUCGCCGCCAGGCGCGGACCGAACGGUUCGUCUCGCGACGCGGUCACUUACGAGGAGUUUCGCCGGUACGCCGCCUUACUCCCCGACGCGCAGCUUCGCUCGGGUAACGCGGUGUGGGACUGGCUCGCGGCGGCUGCGCCCGAGAGGGAACACGUCAAGCCGCGGGGGCAGCGGCGGAAGCAACUCUUCGCCGGGGGAUUGGCGGGCAUCGUCGGGAGAACCGCGGUGGCGCCCCUGGACCGCGCGAGGACCAUCAUCCAGGACAUGGGACUCGUCCGCGGACCCGCCAGCAGCAUGCUCGACAAGUCCGGGAUCGUGCACACCACCAAACCCCCCAACGCCGCGCAGGUUUGCCGAGACGUGCUCCGCAACGAGGGUCCAGCCGGGUUGUUCCGAGGCAACAUGGUCUCCGCGCUCAAGGUUGUCCCCGCCAACGCCCUCCAGUUUGCCAUCUUCCACAAGAUGAAGGACGACUUCCUCCGCGCGCGUUCCGACAAGGACACAGGCGCACCCGCGGAGCAGCUGCUGUUGGAGGAGAGGCUCGCGUCCGGCGCCGUCGCCGGCGCGCUCUCCACCGCCGCGUGCUACCCUCUCGACACGCUCAAAUCGCAGAUGGCCGUCGCGGGUGGCCUCCGGGGCUCGGUGGUCACCGCGGCUACGCAGCUGUUCCGCGAGCAAGGCGGCUUGAAAGCCUUCUACAAGGGCAUCGGACCGACGCUUCUGUGCGACGUGAUCGGUUCCGCGCUGGGUUUCACCCUUUACGAGACGUUCCAGACGAUGUACCGAGAGGCCAACGGCGGACGAAAGCCGAACCCGCUGGAGAAGGGGGCUCUCGGAGGCUUGGGCGCGUGCGUGUCGCUGACGCUCACCAUGCCGUUGGAGGUGGUCAUGACCCGCAUGAGGGUGCAGGGAUUGGGUCACAGGCCGGUGCUCUACAAGAACGCGUUGGAGUGCCUCAAACUGAGCGUGCAGAGGGAGGGGCUCAAGUCGCUGUGGCUCGGCACGGGCGCGGCGUACGUCAAGAUCUUCCCGCAGCUCGCCAUCACCUACUUUGUCUUCGAGCUCGCGUCCGAGCAGCUCGGCGUGGGUGGCCUGGGGCGGUACGAGCGCAGCAAGCCGGUUAGGAACAAGGCGGUGGACGAGGGUAAGCCCCCGGGGCCCGUCGCCGCGUAGCAGUGUCGGGUUCUUAGUUUAUCACACUAGUCAAUAGGGUUGGCGCUACCCCUCUCGGGUGGCGCGGGCAAAUUUUUCCCGAUAAUUUAUUUUGGUUCGUC